AUGUCCCGUUUCUUCUUCACGGUUCUGGUCGGGCUGCUCGUCUUCGUCGCGGAGGUCGCAAGAGCAGGCGUGGUUUGCAACGGGUCUGCACCUGCGACCUUGGCCGUCGUCGGGGUCGAGGGUGAUCUACAGGACUACUGCGCUCGCCCUCUCUCCCCGGACUCUGGGGCACUCAAGGCGACGUCGGGUCUGGAAGCCACACCCACCACGCAUUCCCUGGUCCAGUUGCCAACCAAUGUGGGCACCCAGAGCCACACAUCCUCGCACACCGGCACCCUCUUCCCUUCCUCGUCUUCCGCAGCCUUUUCCACAACGACUACGAUGACCUCGAACGGCUCCCCAAAGUCAUCGAGCAGCUGCAAGAAGAGCGCCCUUGUCGGUGCCAUCAUCGCGCUCGUGGUCAUCAUCUUCCUGCUGCUGCUCGUGAUCCUCUGGCUGGUGGUACGGGGCUGGAAGCGGGGGUCGAGUUAUCGCGGUGUCAGCACGUACGACGCCGAGCUCGACGUGAAGCGACCCCGAAGGUCCCCGGGGGAACAGCCCGCGAGCGAGGCGGAUCAAGUGUUCGCGGGGCGGGCGCAUGGGGUGGUGCGGUAUGCCUGA